CAGUCACAAUUUUAGUUUAAAGUGUUCACACGACACGGACGGACAAGUACACAGCAGUUAAACCGGGUUCCUGAACACAACACAUAGACCCACAUAAAAUACUGUCAACAUGGAAUUUGAGGAGCUCGCCUCAGACCGCCAGGGUGAAUCCCAGCCUGCUCCUUUGGGUGACAUGGAGGCAGCGGAGGCUCUGGUGUCCAUGACUAACCGCUGGGAGAGCUUCAGACCCCUGACUCCAUCCUCAGAGGACGACUGUGUCCUCUUUGUCUCCACUGUGCCGCAGGACCCUCCUUCGACUGUCAACUUGGUGUCCGAGGUCAUGGAGUCGGACAUCGAGUGGGAGACUUGCAGUGCGUCCUCAGACUGGUCGCAGCCUGAUUAUGGCUCUGUUGGGCGGCAGCAGUCUCCUUUGUGGAUGACACCGCCAUACAGUCCGCCCAACUUUGAGGCCACCCAUUCCCCCCCAGCGAUAUCCUUAUUUCAGCGAAUAGUAGAAGAGACUCAUGAGCACACACAGCAACGCUUCCAGUGCACCAGUGUGAUCCGGCACACUUCAGAUGGCCCGAGCGGCUCCUGUAGCGUCCGUCCUGCCUCUAGGGAGGACAGACUCACUCCCGUUCAUACAGAAGACUCUAGCUGUGAAUAUGGGCAAGAUGCUGUCCAACAGUCUGACUCUAAAGCAGCCGGGCCACAGAGAUCUCACACUGCGGCUUUGCCAAUUGUUUUUGAAACCAGCCAGAAGAGCCUUGAGGAUAAAUCAAACUCAUCUCAGGCUGCUGGCUCUGAGCUCUCUCCUCUCCCUGUGUACAGCCACAUUCUUCCUGUCACAGCCUGUGACAACCCAAACGGAUAUCAAAUCCCAUCCCCCACCACUGCACCACAGCACCGUCCCCCAACACAAGCAGCUCCUCUGGCCCAGGUCUUCUUCCUCGUCCCUCAGCUGGCUGUUCCUACUCUCUACGCCCGGCCGGCCCUGGUGACCCCUGGGGGCACCAAGCUGACGGCCAUCGCCCCCGCGCCUGGGCUGGCCCUGUUGGAGCAAAGACUAAACCAGCCGCAGCCCGAGGUGUCCCGUGUCCGCAGCCAUGUUUGUCCUCAUGAGGACUGCAGCAAGACCUACUUCAAGAGCUCCCACCUCAAGGCCCACCUGAGGACACACACAGGGGAGAAGCCCUUUAGAUGCAAGUGGGAGGGCUGCGAGAGGCGAUUCGCUCGCUCCGACGAGCUGUCCCGCCACCGACAGACCCACACAGGGGAGAAGAGGUUCGCCUGUCCCGUGUGCCUCAGCCGCUUCAUGAGGAGCGACCACCUCGCCAAGCACGCCCGGAGACACCUCGCAGAGAGAAAGACGCCCUGCGCAAAGUUACAGGUCAUCCCGUCUGCUGACAUCACUGCUAACACACAGUGUCUUCAACAAAAGCCUUCUGAGACAUGCUGAGGAGACGCAGAAUGAAAUGCUGGGAAUAUGAAGUGUGCCGGUUAUAUGCACAACUGUCAGAUCAUAACACUUAACAUCACUGCUGAACCAGAUGAAUGUGCAUGUGAAGUCUUUCCUUUGCUUUGAUGAUUCUAGUUGAAGAUGUUUACAAACUACUCAAACUGAGCAUCUACACUAAAAUGAUCCACUGUUAAUACUGUUCUGUACACUUUUACAAAUCAAUGCUAAACAUGUUUACUGUUGAGUGAUUUUUGACCAAAGAAUGUUAAGUAUUGUUCCUUUGAGCCAUACAAAAAUAUUUGGCACAACACUUUUUUGCAGGGAACUGUACUUUGUGUUUUGUUCGCAUAUUUUGUAGGAUCAUUGGUACUGUCCAUUUAACAUGUAAUGAUAGACUUAGAAAACCAUAUGCUGCUCAAUAGUAACUUUGCUUUUGACUAGAUACAGCCCCAACAUCAUCUUGCAUUAGAUCAUUUUUCUAAAAGGAGAAUUGGAUGAAGUCAUCAUGUAAUGAAACAGUUUCUGAAAGCGUUAAUAUUAAUGUUCCGUGUAUGAUGAUUCAACUCAGACACAGGGAUUCAGUCCAGUCAUUGAGGUGUUUAUUGCUGUUCGUGUUGACGAUCACAGAUAGUUCAUCAUGCCUUAAACACAGAUAGGGAAAUCAUAUUUUUUUAAAAGCAGUCCUAGAUCUUGAAAAAAUAUUCUCAAACAUAGAAAUAUUGAUAGAAAUAGCAUUAAAUGUUUCUAGCAUUAUAAAUGCUUUGUUAUUUCAUGUUAGCUGAUUCUUUAUCCAUCAGCACUUCCUUUGUUCCAUCUGCAGCGCGUGCUGAAUAAUAAACCGGUUUUAUUAUG